AUGAAAAGAGUAUGGAAUGGUAUAGUUCAGUGGAUGGGAAAGAAACCAAAAGUUGAAGACAAACCGUCAGACCUAGUUUUACCUGCCGAAGAAAUGGAAGAAAGUUUAUUCUGGGAGUUAUUAGUUAUUUUGAGUGAAAUGAAAGAGUGUGGUUGUUUUGAAGAGGGAAAGGAAGAAAUUAUGAAAUGGCAACAACAUUUUGAAAACCAAAUGAAAAUUAAAGAGUAUGAAGAAAAAAGCAUCCUCAAAAAAACCCCAGAAGAAAUUACUGUAGAGGAAAAUGCAAAGAUAGAAAAUUUAGAAAAGAAGAUGGUUGAUGUGUCAAGAAAACUUGAACAACUUGAAAAGGAGGUUUCUUUUGAAGAUAAUAACACAAUUAACAACGACUCAGAAGACGAAGAAAUUCAUAAAUCAAGUAUUUUUAGAGAUCAUUAUAACAAAGAAAAAAUUGUACGUAUUGCACAAUUAAAAUAA